AUGGCCUCGACGAGGGAUCUCGCCAUAGUGUCCCUCUCGGCCGCCGCGGGAGCCGUAGCCGCUGUGGCCGCGCAGCGCUUCCUGUCCUCCUACAGGGCAACCAACGCCCAGCCCCAGAACCCGCCCCCGCCGCGCGGCGAGCCACUCCCCGUGAACGGCUCCACCGCCGGGAGCCCACCAGCGCAGGACCACUACAAAAUAACCAAGAGGGAAGGGUUUAUCUCAUGGGACGACUACUUCAUGGCGAUCGCAUUCCUUUCGGCUGAGCGGUCCAAGGAUCCUAACCGGCAGGUUGGAGCAUGCUUGGUUAGCCAAGAAGGCAUUAUCCUAGGUAUUGGCUACAAUGGAUUCCCAAGAGGUUGUUCGGAUGAUAAGCUUCCUUGGGCAAAGAAAUCUGCAAGAGGGGAUCCAUUGGAGACAAAAUAUCCCUAUGUUGUUCAUGCUGAAGUUAAUGCUAUUUUAAACACAAACCAUGCUUCAGCGGCUGGACAGAAGCUAUAUGUCACCAUGUUCCCCUGCAAUGAGUGUGCUAAGAUAAUCAUCCAGUCAGGUGUAUCUGAAGUCAUCUAUUUUGUAGAGAAAAGGAUUGAUAGCUCAGAUCAUGUUUAUGUCGCUUCUCACAAAUUAUUAUCAAUGGCUGGCGUGAAGGUCAGGAAGCAUCAGCCGCAGAUGGCACAAAUACCAAUCAAGUUUGAGGAGCCAAGGAACUGA